GAUAUGGGUAAAGGAAAGAAGAAAUCCAAGAGUAAACAGAUCAACAAGAACACUACCAACCCCAAAGACUUGAAGGAAUUGGGAAAUAAAGCAUUUCUAAACAAGCUCUAUGAAGAAGCAAUUACUUACUACACAAAGGCCAUUGACAACGCAGCAGACGACGAUGAAGACAAGCAUGUGUACUUCUCGAACAGAGCCGCAGCCUACUUCGAAAUGAAAGAAUACGAAAAAUCUUUAGAAGACGCUGCCAAGAGUGUUGAAAUCAAAGAUGACUUCGCCAAGGGCUACAUCAGAAAGGCCCAAGCUGAGAGAGAACUCUUGCUUGGAGAAGAGUCUUUGACCUCGUCUGAGAAAGCCAUCGAAAUUGAUCCUGACAACGAACAUGCUAGAGAACUGUACGAAGAGUGUAAGCAAGAGUGGGACGACGAUCACACAGUUGAAGAAAGCAACCCUCACAAGCAGAGGUUCAAUCGCCUUGAAACCUGGCUUAAAGAAGGUGGAAGCAAAUACGAAAAACUUAAGAUCAGGUUCUACAACCCAAUUUACAGAGGGGUCCAUGCCGCCAAGAAAAUCAGGGCAGGUGAAGAAAUUCUUCUGAUCCCCAAAGAGCAAAUCAUCACACUUGAAAUGGCUGAAGAAAGUCCCAUCGGAGCCAAGAUGAUGUACCACAAUGUGAAGCCGAAGCUGUUGUCUCCGAAGCAUGGAUUCCUGGCCACUUACAUUCUGCAAGAACGCUUGAAAGGAGAAGAAUCUCCUUUCCACCCCUUCAUCGACAUUUUGCCUAAAACAUUUGAGAACUUCCCAAUCUUCUUCACAGAAGAAGAAAGAGCUUACCUCGAAGGGUCUCCAUUCUUGGCUCAGGUUCUCGAGAAAAUCGAAGACAUCAAAACAGACUACGACUUGAUCUGCUCGGUGGUGCCGGAAUACAGCCAGUUCACUCUGAAUGAGUUCUCCGAAAUCAGAAUGAUGGUUUCGUCUAGAAUCUUCGGCAUGAACAUUGAUGGCAAGAAGACCGAUGGUUUUGUCCCCAUGGCCGACAUGCUCAACCACAAGAGACCCAAGCAGACCUCCUGGACAUACUCCGACGAGAAGCAUGGCUUUGUGAUUGAAGCUCUCAAAGACAUCGGACGAAACGAGCAGGUCUAUGAUUCAUACGGAAAGAAGUGUAACUCGAGGUUCUUCUUGAACUAUGGCUUCAUCGUAGAGAACAACGACGGAAACGAAGUCCCUCUCAAAAUAUAUUACCCUGAGUCUGACGACAAGAAAGACAUGAAGAAGGAAAUGAUCGGAGAUCUCUCUGACUUCAAGAAGUUCAGAGUCACCGACAACUUCAACGAAGGCUCUAUGCACGAGUUCAUGAGCUGGAUGAGGUUUGUCGAGUACGAUGAGAACAUCACUUUGCUUAUUGACUACCAAGCCAGAGCAGCCAGUCAGACUCCAGUUAACGACUCUGACUCUGAAGAUGGCUACAACGAUCCGAACAAAGGGUUCAAAGCCAAAGACUUGCCACCUCUCUCUAUCCGUAACGAAAAGAAAGUCUUACUCAGAAUGAAGCUGGAAGCAGCCAAAGUCGAAGCUGGCUACCCCACAACGUACGAAGAAGAUUUGGCUUUGUUGGAAGCCGAUGAAGGCCUCACUUUCAACACCAGGAAUGUCCUUUUGAUGAGGUCGGGCGAAAAGAAAAUUCUCAGGCAUCUUAUCGAAACAGCAGACAUCAUGCUGAGAUAUCUGGACUACGGCCUGACCGAGACCAGGAAACAGAUGAAGGAAGACAAGCUGAAGAAGGACCAGGAGGUCUACAUCAAAAAAGUGAUACAACCUUUGAUCAAGAUGUCAUAA